AUGGGUCGUCCGCCGAGCACCACCGGUGCUCCGGCGUUCCGCUUCCUCCCGUCCGAGGUGGCGGAGAUGGAGGCGCGCCUGCAGCAGCUCAACAACGGCAUCCCCACCCGCGGCGUGCUCCAGACCCUCGCCGAUAGGUUCUCCGCCUCGCCCGAGCGCGCCGGCAAGGUGACCAUCCAGCCCAAGCAGGUGUGGAACUGGUUUCAGAACAGGCGUUACUCGCACCGGGCCAAGUCCACCAGGGCCGCGCCGUCGCCGCCGGCUAAGAUGACGCCCUCGGGGGCCGAUCACCACCAGCACGCCGCCAACGCCUCCGCCUUCAGGGCCGCUCAGCCCUCUUCUGUCGCUGCUGCUCACCAUGGCUCCUCCCCAACAGGGAAGAACCCUGUGGAAGGUGUCUCGGUUGAGUUUGAGGCCAAGUCAGCUCGUGAUGGUGCAUGGUAUGAUGUUGCUGCCUUUCUGUCACAAAGGUUGUUUGAAACCGGUGAACCGGAAGUGCGGGUUCGUUUUUCUGGAUUUGGGGCAGAGGAGGAUGAAUGGAUCAACGUUAGCAAAUGUGUGCGACAACGUUCUCUUCCAUGCGAGGCCACAGAAUGUGUUGCUGUGCUUCCUGGGGACCUCAUUCUUUGUUUUCAGGAAGGUAAAGAGCAGGCUCUCUAUUUUGAUGCUCGUGUCCUUGAUGCUCAAAGGAGAAGGCAUGAUGUUAGAGGCUGCCGUUGUAGAUUUCUUGUUCGCUACGAUCAUGAUUCUUCUGAGGAAAUUGUUCCGCUGAGGAAGGUGUGCCGCCGACCAGAAACCGACUACAGGCUUCAGAUUCUGCAUGCUGCUAGAGCAGCAGCCACGAAUGCAGAUGUUCACACUCCACCCAAAGAAAUUAAAGUGGAGUCGACAUCCAAUGAUAAAAGCCCAGCUGAGCAGAAACCCCAGAAGCAGCACAAGAUGAUGGACGUGAACACUGAUGAGGUGACCAUGGUCUCCACCUUGGAACAAGACGAGACACAAGUCAAGACUGUAGCCCCCUUACCGUCAUCAACCGUGGAAACCCGCAAUUCAAGUUCAGAUGCGGUGAUGAAGGAUGCGGAGGCUUCCUCGGUGGUUGAAGAUGACGAUGAAGUGCAGCUGGUUGACAUGAUGAAAGAGGGCUAG